GCUGAUUUCCCAUGGCCGAACUUUUCCCCCUCGCCUGCGAUCCGGUAGUAAGCCUUUUUUCGCCUGCUCACACCCUGCAAUAGCUGGGUUCAUGGGUUUUAAGAAGCUUUCCGUGGUCCUGGUCUCUGCAUCUCAUCCCACUAUACUUGCAGGCGCUUGGUUAGUCAGGCCGACCGCAAGUGUGAGCACAUUGGGCACAAUGAUGAGCCGUAUCGAAGGACGGGCAGCAGUGGAGUUGCUCGACAUCUGGGUACUUGGCACCGGAGUGUGUAUCGAGCGACAAGCCGUUGGCUCUUGGUGAUGGUAAUAUUCAGACGGGGCAUGAGCCCCGGACGAAAGCUCACAGAAUGGACAGAACGCUUCAGAAG